AUGAUCCUCGUUAACAAUUUACGUCAACACAACUACCAACCGAUCCAUGGUGGCUCGAUUCACGGUCAUGCAGUGAUCAACCGCAAUCGAGAAAAUGUGCAUCAGAAUUUGGUCAUAGAUUACUUUGCCGAUAAUCCACGUUUUGGAGAAGAUAUGUUUCGUCGUCGAUAUCGGAUGUCAAGAAGUUUGUUCCUUCGUAUUGUUGAUGCAGUGAAAGAUCAUGACUAUUACUUCCAACAACGAAGUGAUGGACUUGGUAGAAUGGGAUUAUCACCGUUACAGAAAGUAACAGCUGUUUUUCGUAUGUUGGCAUACGGUCUACCAGCUGAUGCUACAGACGAAUACGUUAAAAUAGCAUGGUCUGGGCAAUACACAGGACGUAGUGGGUCACUAACUAUUAUUCUCGAAGCUGUGGCAGAUUAUGAUCUUUGGAUAUGGCACGCAUAUUUUGGUAUGCCAGGCACCAAUAAUGAUAUCAAUGUGCUAGAGUCAUCUAAUCUUUUCUCCUAA